AUGGAUUUAUUGGAUAGUUUAACUGACAGAAUCUUUUUUGCAAUUCCAAAAAAGGGAAGAAUUCAUGACAAGUGCUUGGAAUUGUUGAAGGGUGCUGAUAUUCAAUUUCGCAAAAUCGAUAAACGACUGGAUAUUGCUUUAUCUACAAACUUGCCCAUUGCCUUGGUGUUUCUACGUGAGUCAGAUAUUCCAAUCUUUGUCUCCAAAGGCAGAUGUUCCAUUGGUAUUGCCAACUCGUUUCAGAUCAAGGAGUCGAUUUAUUUCAAUAAACAAGGAAGCGAUGAGCUAAACCAUCUUUUGGAUCUCACUGGGUAUUUCGAUAUGAUACCAAAGUUGUGCUUGCAAGUCCCCAAAAGCAGCCAAAUAAGAGAUCCAAAGGAACUAAUUGGCAAAACAAUAACCACCAAUUUUGUCAAUAUUACCAGGGUCUAUUUCAUGAAAUUGGAGGGCAAAUCCAGUAUCAAUGAGAUAUCAACUAAAGUCAAGUUUGUGUCUGGGUCAAUCGAGGCAUCUUGUGCCUUGGGCAUCGCUGAUGGGAUUGUUGAUUUGGUUGAUUCAGGAUCAACAAUGACAUUGUUGAAUUUGAUCAAUUUGGAAGACUUGUUUGAGUCAAUCAAGAACGAAGAUGAAAUCAAACCAGGAGUGGAGCUCAUCACCUCCAAGAAGCCAUUAUUUUCAGAACUAGUCGAGCUCAUAAAACAUAGAAUCGAGGCUGUUUACCACAUAAAUGAAUACUGCUACUGCAAUUACAAUUGUCCCAAGACCAAGUUGGACGACAUUUUGAAAGUUACACCUUACAAGAAGGCACCCAAAAUUGCCCCCUUAAUCAGCGCAAUAUCGCUCGAGAAUCCUGACGAUGAGCAAUGGGUUGCAGUAGGAGUUUUGAUUGAAAAGGAUAAAAGUGGUGUUAUUAUGGACGUUUUAAGAGAGAAUGGCGCAGAAGAUGUUUUUUUGCUUGAUAUCAGCAAUUGCAGAGUAUAG